AUGUCAGCAACAAAGAAAACAAAGCGAUUGGAUUUACAAGGUAUCCGUGGUCUUGCCAUCUUAUCAGUACUCGGUUUUCAUUUCUUCCCCGCACAGUUUCCCAAUGGAUACCUGGGAGUUGAUCAAUUCUUCGUCCUAUCCGGAUUCCUCAUGUGCAUGCUGUUGAAAAGAGCCGAAAACGAGCCAACUUGCACAUUAAUCACAUUGUUCUACUCAAGAAGGUUUAAGAGAAUUCUCCCUCUUUAUCUUCUCAUCAUCCUUCUCUCCAUGAUCUCCCUAUACGCACUUUUCCCGGACACCUCCAUCGAGACAAAUCAGGACUCAGCGUUGCGUGCUCUGUUUUUUGUGUCGAAUGCUCCAAAAUCUGAGCAAGACGAUUAUUUCACAAUGCUGUCCAAAGCAGUAGACAUUUUUACUCACACCUGGUCGUUGUCAGUGGAGGUUCAGUUCUACUGCCUUGUACCAUUUAUAUUUUUAUUUGCUGCAAAGCUUUCUGGUUUUAAGCUUCAAUGUGCAUAUUUUGCAUUAAUAGGACUUUUUUCUUAUGCAAUUUUCUACUUUAUUCCGGAAAAUAUGUCUUUUAAUAGCGUUUUUGCAAGAAUCUGGCAGUUUCUGAUUGGUAUGAUAGUAUAUAUUCUUAGCAGUCAUUCUGAAAAGAGGGCUGAAACUGUGGAAGACGUUGAAGAAUGCAGUAAACUAAUUGAGCAUGAGGAGAAUAGUCGAGACAAGCCUUUUACAUUGCAUUUUAUAUCGUAUCUUCCAAUGCUUAGUGUUAUAAUAAUCAACGUUUUCCCAUAUUCAUUGAGCACGGAUUUUGUCAGGCCACUAGUAACAUUAGGAACUGGUGUCUUAAUGAUGAUUUCUGAGAAUAACUUGAUAUUAUCAAACAUUGCAUUAACCUAUAUUGGAGAUAUUUCAUAUUCCAUUCAUUGGCCCAUUUAUGCUUUUCAUUGGCCCAUUUAUGCCCAUUUAUGCAUUCAUUGGCCCAUUUAUGCGUAUUGGAAGCUUAAUUGGGAUGGGGACAGAACAUUUCUCAUCUUGGCAUUACUCUUUUCGAUACUUGUUGCUAUUAUCGUCUAUGAGUUUUUCGAGAAGUGGUACCUGAAGCUCUCCUCCACUAACACCGGCCUACUCAUUGUGGUUCUCUUUUUGCUUAAUGUCAUUGCUAUCAACAAGGAUGGUUUAAUUCCUAGUCGUAUAGAAAAUAACAACAACAAAACUAAGAGCACCGAAGAUGCUAUCAAAAUGAAUCACCUAUGGGAUUUGAACGAUCGGAAAAGUCUGUGGGUGCCGUACUGUGAUUACGAGGCGAGUCGCCCGCUGGGAUGGUGCAACCACACGUCUCUUGAACCAGGACCAGGCAAAUUUAAAUUGGCUGUGAUUGGAAACAGUUGGACCGCAAACCACGGAACACUUUUUCAUGAGGAAUGUGGCAGCAAGGCAAAAAUUAUUCUGCAGGGAUCCGUUGGAACCUGUGAACCAUUGUUUUUUUCACGCUGUCAGUAUUUUUUUGACAAAUUUCAAGAGAGGAUUAAAGCUGAAAAGCCAGACUAUCUGUUUAUCAUUUCAAGAUACAUAUCAAUUGGUGAUGCAAUACCUGAAAUCCAUACAACCACAAAUUUCAUUUUCGACAAAGAUCCAAUCUAUCAAACUAUGAAGAAACAACUUCUAGGACUAGUAGCAAGUACAAAGUUCAAAGUUUACAUUCUCGAUGCAGUACCCAGACAUGACACUUAUAAGACACAAUUUAUCGCGGAUUGGGCGAAGGAAGGUGCAGAUUUAGUAGAAAUAAAUAAACGGCUUGGCCAAACCAAUGCUCAAUUGCUUGAUGGGCCCGCCUAUGAACUAGCUCGUCGCCGGAACUCUGAGCUUGUAAAAGAUUGUGGCGGUCGGUGUGUUCUUGUGGAUUAUAAACCGGUUUUCUACAAUUUUACUAGCCAAUCCUACCGGAUGUUCGACGAAAUGGGGUACUCCUACUUCUCAAUGGCACAACAUUUGACGCCGCUUGGCUUGGAGCAAGUUAGACAUGUUUGGAAGAGUGUUUGCGAAGCUUUGUAG